AUGUCAAUUGACGGAAGUUUCAGCGUUCAUUCUUCGCUUCGGAGAUUGCUUGAUCGUUGUCCGAAGCUUCAAUCAGUUCCUCAGAUUGAUUCGUUAGCACAGAAGGGGAGCUUGGUAACAGAAGAUGAAGUGGUUAAUGAGUUAGUGGGGAUUUUUCUGCAUCCUAGUUAUACAAUUCCAUUGGCGGGAUGUUUCCGGCCAAUUGUUCGAAACUUUGUAGAUAAAGCUGUUGCUUUACUUCGUCUUGUACCGAAUUUGAAGUCUAAUACUGUGGAUGAUGCUAUGGAAAUUGACUCCGACAUUGUCUUGGAUGAUGUUGCCAAUGUUGUAGAGUACUGUGUUGAACGGGGAAGGGGUCUUGAUCUUCAUGAGCAUGCUUGUUUUGCCUUCUGCUGUGCUCUUGAAAUGGGCCUUGUACCGCUGAGUUCUGUAUUAAGCUAUUUCAAUUAUGCACCUGCUCCGUUUGAAAGAUUUUCAGGGGAGCAAGUUUUGGUUGAGCCCCAUGGAUUGCAUGUUGCCCGCUUAUCGUACCGCAUCCUUCUUUUGAAACCUGAAAAAUUCUCAAAGCUUUGGGACUGGUCUUGUUUUCUAGAACCCUUAAAAAAGCCUUGCGAAUCAGACCUGAUAUGGUGCAGGUUUCAUAUAUUAAAAGUUGUGUUCAAAUUAGCUUCAAGAGCCAUUGAAAGCUCGAAUAUUGAAGCUCAGGAAGCAUCUGCCUGUUUAUUGCGCUGGGAAGAGUUUUGUGGGGACACAACACUAGAGAGAGCUGGUUGGUUGGUUGAACCAACAGCAGACUACAUGUCUGAUUCUCCUAAUAGAAACAUGGAUUUCAAUCAAGAGAACUGUUUAAAUUCUUUAAGAUGUAAUUAUCAUCCUGUUGGUUUACCAAAGGUACACGAGGUGCAACCACCUUUUAGGACCAAGCGGGCUGUCACAAGGGAUGAUAUAUCAGAAAGUUAUACAUUCAUAUUGACAUCAGCUGUAAAGAAAAGUUAUGAAAGAGUUCUACUAGCUACAAGUCAGAAGUGGCCGGUUCUUUUAUACGGUCCCUCUGGUUCUGGAAAAUCUGCUCUUAUAGCUAAGCUGGCUGAGGAUAGUCGUACCCAAGUUCUGUCUAUCCAGAUGGAUGAUCAGAUUGAUGGUAGAACGUUGGUUGGGGGAUAUGUCUGUACGGAUAGGCCUGGAGAGUUUAGGUGGCAGCCUGGGUCACUUACUCAGGCUGUGCAGAACGGAUUUUGGAUUGUUUUUGAGGAUAUCAAUAAAGCACCAUCCGAUGUACACUCCAUUCUGUUGCCUUUAUUAGAAGGGGCAGAUUCAUUUAUGACAGAACGAGGGGAGGUAAUAAAGGUGGCCGAGAGUUUUAGGAUGUUUUCGACUAUUGCUGUUUCUAAGUUUGACUCUUCUGAGAGUGCAGGUCAAGGUUCACUUAGUGUCCUUUGGAAAAGAAUAAUAAUUCAACCACCAGAAAAUGAAGAUUUGCAACAGAUAGUCAAAGUGAGGUAUCCUGAUUUGGAGCUUCAUGCAUGCAAACUUAUAGAAACCUUUGAAAGGAUCAACAAUAUUUCCGUGUUUCAAAUAGCGGGUUUUCACCCUGAAAGCUCUUCUAUCUAUUGUCAAGGCAGGUUCUCGUUAAGGGAUCUCUUAAAAUGGUGUAAAAGAAUUACUGGGUUAGGUUUUUGCUCUGAUAGUAGCUUGUCAGAAGAGCAAUGUAAUUAUAUAUAUACAGAGGCUGUUGAUGUAUUUGCGGCCUUUCCGGCUUCAUUUGAUAACCGGUUAUCAAUAAUGAAAGAGAUAGGAAAGUUGUGGAAAACAUGGGAUUCUGCUUCUGAGACCUUAUAUGCCCUUGACAAACCAAUAUAUCAGGAUUCUGUUGCAGGUUUAAAAAUAGGCCGGGUUUUACUCCAGUACAAAAAAGAACCUUCACAUGAACGCAAAAUACCAUUUGUUGAGAUCCGUAGUUCUUUGUUUAUAUUAGAGCGUAUAGCUUGCUCUGUCAAGCAUAAUGAACCUGUACUCUUGGUUGGAGAAACUGGUACCGGAAAGACUACACUUGUUCAAAAUUUGGCUUUAAGGCUUGGUCAGAAGCUUACUGUUUUGAAUAUGAGUCAGCAAAGUGAUAUUGCUGACUUACUUGGAGGAUUCAAGCCUGUGGAUGAACAGUUUGUCUACUCCCACCUUUAUCAGGAAUUAAAGGCUCUAUUCGCUAGGACAUUUUCUAUUGAGGAAAAUUCAAAAGUUCGUAGUUAUCUAGAGAAGAGUUUAAAUAACAAGGAUUGGGUAGGUCUACUUCGAGGAAUGCAACUAACAGUUGAGGGGUCACAAAAGCAUAUAAGAGCUAGACCCUCCAAAAAGCGUAAAAGGCCUUUAGGAGAAGAAAUAUUCCAAGCCUGGGAGAGUUUUUCUAUAAAACUUGACAGUAUCUGUAAAAAUAAUCCAUCUUCUGGGAUGAUGUUUUCAUUUGUAGAAGGAAGUUUUGUAACUGCUCUUAGAAAUGGUUGGUGGAUUUUGCUUGAUGAGGUGAAUUUGGCACCUCCAGAAACCUUGCAGAGAAUAAUUGGCGUUCUAGAAGGGGAAAAUGGGGCACUGUGUUUAGCUGAAAGAGGUGAUAUUGAUUAUAUACACCGUCAUCCAAACUUCCGUAUAUUUGCUUGUAUGAAUCCAGCAACUGAUGCUGGGAAGCGGGAUUUGCCCUUGUCAUUAAGGAGUAGAUUUACUGAAUAUUUUGUCGAUGAAGUUCUGGACGAUAAUGAUUUAAGUCUAUUUGUUAGUCAGUUCAUUAAUAGUGGCCAUAUACAGCUGGUGAAUAAAAUUGUGCGUUUCUAUAAAGAAUCGAAAAAGGAUUCUGAAGAGAGGCUUCAGGAUGGUGCUAAUCAGAAACCUCAAUACAGUUUAAGGUCCCUUUAUCGUGCUCUAGAGUAUACAAGGAAAGCAGAGAGAGAUUUUGGAUUUCAGAAGGCUUUAUAUGAUGGCUUUAGUUUGUUUUUUCUCACCUUGUUGGAUGGAUCUAGUGCGGACUUAAUGAGGCAAAAGAUAUUGUCUCUUUUAUUGGGGGGAAAUAUGCCUUCACAUGUACCUUUUCACAGAUAUUUAAGUUCCUUCAAAUCCGAUGGAUAUUCUGGAAACUAUGUCAAAACUAAAAGUGUCGAGGAGCAUCUUGGUAAUUUGGCUCGAGCUGUUCUAAUAAAGAGAUACCCUGUUCUCUUACAGGGACCAACAUCUAGUGGGAAAACUAGCCUUGUUCAGUAUCUUGCUUCCGUAACUGGGCAUGAGUUUGUAAGAAUCAAUAAUCAUGAACACACCGAUUUGCAAGAGUAUCUAGGUUCUUAUAUAACUGAUGCUAGUGGAAAGCUUGUUUUCAAUGAAGGUGUUUUGGUAAAAGCUGUAAGAAACGGCUACUGGAUUGUACUGGAUGAGCUUAAUUUGGCUCCAUCUGAUGUGCUUGAAGCAUUGAACCGAUUACUUGAUGAUAACAGAGAGCUUUUUGUUCCUGAACUGCAAGAAACAAUUAAAGCACAUCCGAACUUCAUGCUUUUUGGAACUCAAAAUCCGCCUACACAUUAUGGUGGCCGAAAAAUGUUGUCUCGGGCAUUUCGCAAUCGUUUCAUAGAGAUUCAAGUUGGUGAGAUUCCUGAUGACGAGCUGAGCAAGAUACUGGGGGAGAGAUGUGAAAUUCCUCUAAGUUAUGCCUCAAAAAUGGUUGAAGUAAUGAAGGAGCUUCGGAUGCACAGACAGAGUAGCAGAGUCUUUGCUGGGAAACAUGGAUUUAUAACUCCUCGCGACUUGUUUCGUUGGGCUGAUCGUUACAAAAGAUUUUGUAAAUCUCAAGAAGACUUGGCGAAAGACGGUUAUUAUCUUUUGGCAGAACGGCUCCGGGACGAGGAUGAGAAAUCUAUUGUUCAAGAAGUUCUAGAAAAACAUUUUCGGGUUAAACUAAACAUACAAAAUUUAUAUGGUCAGAUAUUGUCCGGAGAAAGCUCUUCUUUCAAUUCAAUUAUUGGUUUAGGGGGUUCGGAGAGCCUUGGAAGGGUACUAUUGACUAAAAGUAUGAAGAAGCUAUAUUUCCUCGUGGAGCGUUGCUUUCAAUUACGUGAGCCUGUGCUACUUGUUGGGGAAACAGGUGGAGGGAAGACCACUGUUUGUCAGUUGUUAAAUGCUCACUUGCAGUCGAAGUUACAUAUCUUGAAUUGUCAUCAGUAUACAGAAACAUCUGAUUUUAUAGGGGGUUUUCGUCCUAUACGAGACAAAUUUAGGUUGAUUUCUAACUAUGAAGAGACCAUUGAACAAUUGAAAAAACUAAAGGCUUUUACACACUAUCCUGAAGACCAUGCACAGUUUAUUUCUUCUGGCAUAGAUCAAGCUUCCUCAACUAUUGAACUACUGAAUAGUAUGAUGAGGAAAUAUAAAGCGGGCCGGGUUUGUAGUGCUGAUGUCAGCAAAGAAGACCUCUAUGCUUUGGAGCAAUUAAAGUUGAACCUUGAUGUCUUGCAUCAUAAGUGGCAGAGCAUAUUUGAGUGGCAGGAUGGUCCCCUUGUAAAAGCAAUGAAAGAUGGUGAUCUCUUUCUUGUGGAUGAGAUAUCCUUGGCGGAUGAUAGCGUGCUUGAGAGAUUGAAUAGUGUGUUGGAGCCAGAAAGGACGCUGUCUUUGGCUGAGAAAGGAGGGCCUGAUCUUGAGAAAGUUGUGGCACAUUCAAAAUUCUUUGUUCUUGCAACAAUGAACCCUGGUGGUGAUUAUGGUAAGAAAGAGCUGUCUCCAGCACUACGCAAUCGCUUCACAGAGAUAUGGGUUCCCCCUGUUAUUGAUCUAGAUGACCUGAAAGGAAUUGCUCUGGAAAGAAUUUCCAAGUUCAAAGACCCCACGUAUCAAGAGAGACUAUUACUCAUUGUUAAUGCUAUGAUUAGUUUUUGGGAGUGGUUCAACAAAUUACAUCCAGGGAGAAUGCUUACUGUCAGAGAUCUCAUUUCCUGGGUUUCUUUUUUCGAUGUAAUGGAAGGAAGCUUAGGACUCGAACAUGCACUUCUUCAUGGAGCAUUUCUUGUUUUGCUUGAUGGGUUAAGUCUAGGGACAGGCAUUUCAAAAACGGAUGCUGGAGAGCUAAGGGAGAGAUGUUUAUCCUUUCUUCUACAAAAGCUGGUGGUUGAUGAAAGUAAUUUACUAUAUUCAAAGCUUUCAAGAAUGGGGAACUAUGGUUGGGGUGAAUUUGGCACAAACGUGCAUGUGCCACAUAAUGAUGAUAAGCAACAUGAUGAUUUAUUUGGCAUUGACCCAUUCUAUAUCAAGAAAGGUUUCAGCAGUUGUGAGGACGGUGGGUUUGAAUUCAAAGCGCCGACCACCCGCAGGAAUGCCUCUAGAGUUUUGCGGGCUAUGCAGCUUCCAAAGCCUGUAUUACUUGAAGGUAGUCCAGGUGUUGGGAAAACAAGUUUAAUCACUGCCUUGGGAAAAUAUUCUGGGCAUAGAGUUGUGCGGAUAAACUUAUCUGAGCAGACUGAUAUGAUGGAUCUGCUGGGGUCUGAUUUACCUGUGGAAAGUGAUGAAGGGAUGAAGUUUUCUUGGUCUGAUGGGAUUCUAUUGCAGGCCUUGAAGGAAGGCUGUUGGGUUUUGCUGGAUGAGCUCAAUCUUGCCCCACAAUCUGUUUUAGAAGGUUUGAAUGCUAUUCUGGACCAUCGAGCUGAGGUGUUUAUACCGGAGCUGGGUAAUACUUAUAAGUGUCCUCCUUCAUUUAGAAUUUUUGCGUGUCAAAAUCCAUCACAUCAAGGCGGUGGCCGGAAAGGCCUUCCAAGAUCAUUCCUAAAUCGAUUUACUAAGGUAUAUGUCGAUGAGCUAGUUGAGGAUGAUUAUCUGUCAAUUUGUAAAUCAAAAUUUCCAGCUAUCCCGGAGCCUUUACUUUCAAUGUUGAUCUUAUUGAAUAAAAGGAUGCAUGAAGAAACCAUGCUGAAUCAAAAAUUUGCAAAGGAUGGUUUCCCAUGGGAAUUUAAUCUUCGUGAUGUGUUUCGAUCUUGUGAGAUAAUUGAAGGUGCACCUAAGCAUUUGGAGGCAUUACAUUCCUUCUUGAACAUUAUUUAUAUUCAAAGAAUGCGUACAUCUGCUGAUCGCAAAGAAGUCUUACGGGUCUUCGAGGAGGUAUUUAAGGAGACACCGUCUAUAAAUCCAUAUCCUCGUGUUCAACUCAAUUCAGAUGAUUUAUUUGUGGGGAAUGUUGCUAUUAAGAGGAAUAUCACCCAAUUUUAUACUACCUCAAGCAGUCAUCUCCUGAUACAACCUAAAAUUUGUCAAAGUUUGGAAGCUGCAGCUCUUUGUGUAGAGCGUCAAUGGUUAUGUAUCUUGGUUGGCCCAUCAUGCUCAGGGAAAACUAAAUUGUUAAGAUUACUUGCUGCCCUAACAGGCAAUGUACUGAAUGAAGUAAAUCUUUCAUCCGCCACUGAUAUUUCUGAAUUACUGGGAUCUUUUGAACAAUAUGAUGCCUUGCGUAACUUCCGCACAGUUGUUGCUCAAGUCGAGAGCUAUGUUAAUGAGUUCUGUAGUUUGCAACUGGAGGUUUCAAAUGGAACAACUUUUAAGGAAACAGAUUUUUAUAGAAGAUGGAUUGCUUUUUCGUCUAAAUUUGAGAACUUAGCUUCUGCUUCAAGUUAUCUUGAAAACUGGAGGAAUAUAAUUUGUUCUCUUAGUUUGUUAGACGAGAUCAUUGAAAAAUUGAAGUUGUAUAUAGAAAAUAAUUCUCUUCUCUUAUCUUAUUCAAUCCGGGAUCUUGAUUUGGUCAAGCAUACAAUUUUGAAACUCAAAGCAGAUGAUCAGAAAAGGUUGGCUUCCACAAAAUUUGAAUGGGUUACAGGAUUACUGAUCAAGGCUAUAGAGCGAGGGGAAUGGAUUGUAUUGGAGAAUGCAAAUUUAUGUAAUCCCACGGUUCUUGAUAGGAUUAACUCUUUAGUUGAACCUAGUGGAUCAAUCACGGUCAAUGAGCGUGGAAUUGUUGAUGGAAAUCCGUUGGUUAUCCACCCACACCAAAAUUUCCGCAUGUUUCUCACAGUUAAUCCUCGCUACGGCGAGGUUUCUAGAGCUAUGCGUAACAGAGGAGUUGAAAUAUUUAUGAUGGAGCCAUACUGGGGUUUGGAUGAUAUAAGUCCUGAGAUUAUUGAACUCAAAGAUGUAAAGAGAUUUCUCAGUUUAUCUGGUAUCCCAGUUGCUCAAUUGAUUGAUUCAAUGGCCAGAGCCCACAUGUAUGCUAAAAGUGAAGGUUCCAAGCUUAAUGUUCACAUUACAUAUCUUGAACUUUCACACUGGGUCCAUCUAUUUUGGCAGCUUCUCAUGAACGGAUGUCGUCCCAUCUGGAGUCUACAGUUGAGUUGGGAGCAUACAUACCUCUCGUCAUUCUAUUUCAAAGGGGAAGAAAUUAUCAAUUUUGCAAAAUCAAAAUAUUUAUCAGUAACUGGUUUGUCUAGAUGUGAUCCUUUGGCAGAAUGUUCUUUGGGCUUACCAGGAGGAUGGCCAGUUACAUUAAGGUUAAGAGAUUAUAUAUAUUACUCAAAAGAAGCUUCAAUCAAACAGAAUUGCAUGUAUCUGGAGUUUCUGGGAUCUCAAUAUGCAUCACAUGAAUACCAAAAUGCUCAAAGAAGGCACUCGGGAGAUAGUUUGCUAACUACUAGUGGUCACGUCAGGCCAUAUUUGAUGGAUAUGAGGAUGUUGCAUGAUAUUCAGUUUCCUAAGACUUCAAUUGGGACAAUGUCACACUGCGAAAGUGAAUCUGUAUUCAAUUCAGAAUUGGCAAACAAAAGGCUCUUAUUUGCAGCUAAUUGGACAAUUGAACAAGCAACGGAAAGUGAUUUGAAGUUAUAUCUUUUCAGGUUUGAUUGGUUUGGUUCUCAGCUGCACCCUUUCUGCAAAAAGUUCUUCCCUAACUUCCAUAAUUUGAUAGGAGAUGUGAUUAAACAUCCUAUUUGGGAAUAUAUUUUAUGCCGUAGCAAACUAGAUGUUGAUAUGCAGUUAAGGCCAUUGUUAUCAUUAGAUUUCACUGAUUUGGAAGCACCAAACAGCGAAGUUAAAUAUCUCUGUAAUGCCAUUCGUUGCUUUGAUCCGCUAAGGUUAACUUACCAGCAACAGUUUAUUGAGAGUCAGUAUAGUUUUACAGAUUCAACAAGUUACUUUCGUCCAGUUUUGAAGUCUCUUCAUGUGUUGGAAGAUGAAUUCCUUAUGAAACUCGUAGCAUCAACUCCUAAGCUCAUUGAAGAUACAUCAUUUGAUGAUAUAAUACAGUUAUACUUCGACCUUAUUGAGGAUCAUGUAUUAUUCUGGCGUUACUUCAGUUCUUCAAUGUCUGACCAGAUGAUAAUUUCUUGGCAUUCCUUGUUGAAAGAUGCCGGGAAGUUUAUGACUAUCUGUCCUGAAGCUGCAAACCAAUUUUUGAUGGAGAGCAAAAAUUUGAGAAGAUUUUCAUCUUCAGAAAAAUCCUUGCUGUGGAUUCAUGGUGGUCAUCCAUUUUUGCCCUCAUCGUCUGAUUUACAUGAUAAAAAUCAGCAGCUUUUAAAACUGUCAGAAUCACUUUGGCCAAGGAAGAGAGCAAACAUUAGUAAUCAAGGAAUGAGUCAUCAUGCCGAUGCUGUCGUAGCAUUGAAUCAUGAUCUCCGCUUCCUUGUAAUGCAAGAUAUGUCCAACUCCUCUUUUAUGGUAGCGAAACGGAGUCAUGAAGAUGAUGGUACUCAUAUUAUUGAGAAGUUAGAUGAAGCAUAUCAGGUGCUGUUAGGAAGGUUAGAACAUGAACAGAACAAGUUGAAAAUGAAUACUGGAUCCAAAGAUCUUUCAAUUUAUGCAGAAAGUCUAGCUUCUUGUUGUUCAUCUACAUCGGAAUUGUUGCGCCAAAAGACUGUAUUUGAGGGCUGGCAGGAUACAUUACCUCCAGCUGAUGCUACCAGUCUAUUCUGGGACAUGGAAUUACUAAAGGAGCUCACAUCUGUGCCUUUGGACGAACUUGAAGGGUUACAGAAAGUUGUGGGACGUCUUUCCAACCUUUUGGACGCUGCUUUAAAAUUUUCGUUGAGUUCCUCAUCAAGACCCCCUCAAAUGUUUUCACCACAUCAAAAAAUCUUGUGGACCCUGAAUGCAUGGACUUCAAUAGAUGCAGUGAAUAUGAAAAUUGCAAGUUUUCUUCUCGAGAUGUGGUUUAACUGGCACGAGUCUUUGUGGGCAUGCUUUCCUGACUUUGUUAAGAAUUUCUCAAAGGUUGAAGGUUUUGAUAACACCAGUAUUGCACUACCCCACAUGCUCAUUCAGCCUGUGUGUGCUUCAACUGUGUUACAGAUCACGAAAAGCUCACAUGCUAUCAAGGAGUUUUGGGUGCAAUGUCUCAAGUGUAGAGUGACCUUGUCCAAUUUGUGGAAUUGCUCUCAUCAUGGGCAAUAUUUGCCUAAAUUUCUUAUGUCUGGUGCUCGUGCCCUGUUACAGCAGAUUAUUUAUGCACACAGGAAAUCGUUUGACGCUGAUCAAUAUGCUGCAAUUAAGUUUAACUUUUCUUCUUUUGAGAGAAACAUGGCUACAGAAGAAAGCAUCCAUUUGGUGAGCACUCUUGUUGCUUCAUCCCGACACCACAGAUUGAAAAACUCAGUGAAUAAGUUCAUUGUUCCCCUGCUUAGGGAGCUGUAUCUUCAGUCCGCUACUGCUGAUUUUAAUUUCAAUUAUAUUAUUGGUUGUGCAUGGGCGCACAUUGGAGCAUUGCGCAUUCAUCUCUUGCUGAGCUAUAAUGAAGUUGAUCCUGCCAUGAAGUACUAUUGCAAGUACACUCAGCUUGAAGAAACAAUAUCAUCACUUGAACUUGAAAUUCAGGUGCGGAAAGAGUGCGGGUAUUUAGCAGGACAGUUUUUGACAGUAGAAGCUGAUAAAAGAAAGGCUGAAAGGCUAGAAAAGCUUCGGGCAGAGCGUAGAAAGCUGCAAAGAAAGAUUGUGUUCCGCCCUGAAUCCUGUAAAUACAAGAAGUUGAUGAAUGAAUGUAACGAGUUUCUCAAACACGUUGCUGCUUUGGAAGUUUUGGUGAGUAAUGUUGAAGCAGAGGAUCUACAAAAAGUUAUUGACAGCACUCACAGUUGGCAGGAAACAGCAAUGUGUUUCAUUAAUCGGUUGAUGGAUGAGUACUCAGCAUUUGAUGACAUUAUUCAACCAAUUCAAGUUGCUGUGUAUGAGAUGAAAUUUGGGUUAUCACUGGUUCUGUCAAGCACUUUAGAAAAAGAAUAUUUGAGAAAAGUUGGGCAUGAAAACAUCAACCUGGUUAUGGAAACGAUAUAUGUACUUAUGCGCUUCCCCCGAGCUGCUUCAUGCAAGUUCAUUUCUGUCGAGUAUGUUGGGUUAGAAUUGCAUCCGUCAUACAGGCUUGAUUUUGGGACAGACUUUUAUUUGAAUGUGGGUUUGAUAGAGAGACUUAUUACUCUUUCAAGUGGCAAUUCUUCCGAUACGAUGGUAUCUGUGCGAUGUAGAGCUACCAUCUACUGGAACAUUCUUGUUCAAAUUGCAUAUUCUAUAGCAAAUGCAAAAAUAAUUGACUGUAAAUCUUAUAUGCUUUUGCAAAGAAUCUUUGAUGAGUUUUCCAGCCUUUGGAUGAAAAUGAAAGUUGAUGCUAAAUCAAAAAGCGAUUAUGAUGCUCAACAGUUCAAGUUUAAGUCUCGAGAAUUCCAAAUUGAGAGUGUUAUUGAGGUUGAAAUACCAGCUCUUGCAAAUUCAAGUACAGCUGAAGCAUUUUCCGAAUGGAAAGAAUUUUCAUUUGAAGAAAAAUCCACUGACAAAAUGGAGUCCUCAGAGGUAUAUGAAAUAUCGGAUGAAGAAUGGAAGCAUCUGGAAGAGUCUAUCCUUGACAAUGUGGUUCUCAUUCACAAUCAGUUAUUUGGAUCUGAUGAUCUAGUCCAAGCUCCUGGAAUCUUUAAAAUUUCUGAUGAAGACCGGUUGCAUUCCUUCAGCGAGUCAUAUAAAUUGGGUAUCAAUUUAAUCGAAGGUGUCCAUUCUCCAAAUUUGGCCAGUUUAGAUGCUAAACUUGUUCCAGAGCACUUGCUUUAUCUCUCUAUUGACUGCGGAAGGAAGUUUCUUUCGUCAUCCAAAUCUGCAAAUAGAUACAAUUUUUACAAGGAUUCAAAUGCUCACGAGAUUGAACGAAUGUUGAAAGUACUUGCACCCCUAAGACAGCAGAUUCUGUCCAAUCUAAAUGAGUGGGAAGAACAGAAUGAUCUUCAAAAUUUUUUGGUUGUCAUUGACAUGCUCCUGACUCUUCCAUCUGAUAUCCCUCUAGCAAAGGCUUUUUCAGGCUUGCAGUUUUUACUUCACAAGGCUCAAGUUAUGCAAGAAAAUCAUUCAAAGUUCUCCUUCGCAAAUCAGUUGAGAUCUGUUUUUGAUCUGAUGUCAUCAUGGCAAAAGAUAGAACUGGGUUCUUGGCCCGCGUUGCUUGAUGAGGUGACGGAUCAGUAUGAAAACAAUGCUAAAAAAUUGUGGUUUCCUCUGUACUCUCUUCUUCCAUCCACUACUUCUGGUCAAUCAAUUGUCGAAAGCCUGAAAGAUUUCAUUGAGUUGUCUAGCAUUGGGGAAUUCAGAAAACGUCUUCAGCUUCUUUAUGCUUUUCUUGGUCAAAAUCAUAUCAGUGCAUCCCUAAAAAUUAAUUCCAGUCCUUGUCGGAUGCCAUCAUUCUUGUACAAUACUUUUGGAUAUUACGUGCAGUUCUUACCAAAUAUAUCGAAGUACAUUGAUGCUAGCAGGAAAGAAAUUUUAAUUGAACUGAAAGAAUUGGUGAAACUAUGUCGAUGGGAGGAUGAUAAGAGUUAUGCAUCAAUUGAAAAAUUGAAAAAGUGUCGGCAAAAGCUGAAAAAGCUUAUACAGAAGUAUACCGAUAUUCUGCAACAACCUUUUCGUGAAGUUUUAAUUAAGGGCUCAAUCAGUAAUGCUACGGAUUUGCCAUUAUUCAGUGAUGAAAACAGGUCGAUGUGGUUUGAAAACUGCAGCAUGGCGCUGGACAAUGCUUUUCAGAAUUUGCAGCUUAAGAAAACAUCAGCAUUUAAUGUUUUGUUUUUACAACAGAAAAAUGUUGAAGAAGAUGUAAGCAUAUUGAGAUCUUGUUGUGAUUCCCAGCAUACACUUAACCUAGAAGGAUGGAAAGAUGCAUGGCAUAUGGUUGAAAAUCUUUAUAUUGAAGCAGUUGACUUCGGUAACAUUUGGAAGGACGAUAAAAGUAGUUAUAGGAAGAGAAAAGCUUUUGAUCAUCUUCUCAACCUCUUCAGAGCUAGUGGGUUGACUUCACACAAGGAUCAACAUGAAGAUUGGUGGUUCAUUGAGCUUUCUGGAAAAAUGGAGUGUCUACUUCUAGAAAACAGUAGGUUCACUAGUACAUCCUUGGAAAUUGAUGCCAAACUCAAAGAUAAUGAUGCCACUGAAGAAAGCUCCCUUAUGGAGUGGAAGACUGCUAUUGAGCAUUACUUCAAGAGUGUUAUGUCUGUGCGCCUUCUGAAGGAGAUAUGCAUCAAGCCUCACGGUGAUAUAGAUUCUCAACAGGUUCAUAGGUCCAUUUCUUUCCUCAGUCAGCUUAUUCAGAUACAAAAGAAGCAACUUGCUGCUGCCAGUGCAUUUGGCGAGAAAUUGAAACACUUCAGAGAAUGUGCAUCUACUAUGGGAAAGUUGUUUUCAUUUUGCUCUCCCACUGAUAACAGUACAAACUUUAUGUGCUCUAUUGUUCCGAAUCAGUUUGCCACUUACAAAUGCCUGUGGCAACAGAAGCAAAUAUUUGAUAAUCUGUGUGCUAUAUCAAAUGGAGAAUUGCUCUUACUAAGGAUAUUAGAAACUAGCCAUUUAAACACUUGUCAAAAAACAAGCCCUUCAGUAAGAAUGAUGAGUGCUUCCAUUGAAGAAUUCUUACCAGUGUUCUGGAAAUCAAAGGAAUCAUUGGAUUGUUACCUAAUUGGGGGGUCAAAAGCUGUCACUGCAAUGGCUUCUUCACAUUUUUCUGUUGUUACUCAAGAAAUGCAGCAGCUGGUUUCUGAAAAUUUCAAGGCCAUAAAGGGUUUUAAUGAUCAGUUUGUUGUACGGCAAGAGCAGGGUACAGAUAGAAAAUCAGUUAAAAAUGUUCUGGUUCAUCAUUUCCAAGAAGUAAUCGACAAGGCAAAAUCAAUUGAGGAAGAAUAUUCCACUGCAAUAAAGGAAAAUUCUAAAAAUGUAGAUCCAUCUGAGAAGGAUCGUUUUUGCGAAAGGCAGUGUGCGGAGCCUAAUGCUAGGUUUGAUGAAGCCCUUAAGUCCACAUAUAUACACAUUGCAUCUGUGUUGCAAAAUUUAUGUGUGCCAAUGGAUGAAGAGUCAAUGGAUGAAGAGUUAGAAAUUAACAUUGGUGAAUGUAAAUUACACCCAUUUGUCUCAAAUCUCAAGUUGGAAAUGCUGUGUGAUGAUCUUUUUAAAAUAAUCACUUUUGGAGAAAAGCUGGUGAAUUGUUGUGACGAUAAAAUUAGCAGUUAUUCUUGCAAAGUAGGAGCCCAUUUCCAAAAUCUACAUAUGCUCAUUGGCCUAUUACUGGAAUUCAGCGACGAGCUCUUGAAAAAUUUCUUUGCUUUGCACAGAUCAGUAUCAGUAACAACUCACGUGAUUGCAAAUAUUUUAGUUUCUGUAUUUUCAAAAGGUUUUGGAACACCAGCAGAAAACGAGGACGAUGGAACCCUCAAUACGUCUGAAGAUGCAAGUGGGACUGGCAUGGGGGAAGGUGUUGGAUUGAAUGAUGUCAGUGAUCAAAUUACUGAUGAAGACCAGCUACUGGGAACACGUGAACAGCAAAAGGAAAAACAAGACGACUCCAAGGAAGUGCCAGACAACAAUAAUACUGGCAUUGAGAUGGAUCAGGAUUUUCAGGCUGAUGCAGUAAGUCUUAGUGAAGAGUCUGAAGAAAAUGAAGAUUCAGAUGGUGAGAAUGAGGAACCUGAGUCCGAAAUGGGUCCCACAGGACCUGAUGGUGAAGCAGUUGGAGAGAAAAUUUGGGAUCAGAAUGAAGAUGAGACUCCCAAUGAUACAAGAGAGAAGUAUGAAUCUGGACCUUCAGUUAAGGAUAAAGACGAAAGCAACAAAGAGUUAAGAGCCAAGGAUGACUCUGCCAUCAAUGAAUCUGAUAAUGCUAGUUGUGAUGAAGGUGAUGCUCAGAAUGAUGAAGCUGCAACCCAGGAAGAGUAUGAAGAUGAAGAAAAUACAGACAAGGUAAAUAUGGACAAAGAAGAAGCAUAUUCUGAUGCUACUGGAUUGAAGCCAGAUGAACCGGAUCACCCUUCCGACUUGGAUAUGGAUUUAGAUGCAAAUGAAGAUUUGGAUCCUGUUGAAGAGGGAGAUCCGGAAGGGCAUGAUGAUUCAGCUGAGAAUGAGAACCAGGACAGUGAUAAAUGCUCACCUGAUGAAAUUAUGGAAGAAGCAUGUACUGAAGUUGAUGUAUCCUCUGAAAAAGAUGAUCCAGGUCAGGAACAUCAGGAAAAUGGUGAUAUGAAUUCCAUGGAACCAGAGAAAGAAACAUCUGAAUCUUCUGAUGUGGUUAAUGAUCAAGUUUCCACUGUUGGCUUAGCAUCACAGUCCAAAGGUGAUUUGCAGGCAUCUGGUUCCCAAAAUAUACCAUCAGAGUUAAAUUUGUCAAAUAGCCAUCAUGACUUUGACAACCCUGCUCUCACGGGAGGCUUUCCUUCUAGUGAUAGGUCUGAGAUGGACCUUACGAUGACAGACUCAUCAAAUACUGGGGGAAUUAGUAAAACUCAAGCUAAAUCACAUCUUCCAGAGCCUGAGCAUACAUUUUCUCAAGAAAAACAAACUAACCCUUCCCGAAGUACAGGUGAUGCGCUUGAUUUCAGGAAAGAAAGAAUAAAUAUAUCUGGUGAUGUCCCUGAGGAUAACUUAGAGAAUCACGGUGAAAUGGAUGAUGAUAAUGCAGAUGAGUAUGGAUACGUUUCUGAAUUUGAAAAGGGGACAACUCAGGCUUUGGGACCUGCAACGUUGGAACAGGUUGAUAGAAACAUUGAUAGUGAUAAGCUUGAUACAGAAUGUCGUGCCGGAGAUGAUGCAAAUUUGCAGUUUGAAAAGGAAAAAUCAGAAAUAGAUUCUGCAAGUAAUUCUUCUUUACUCCCCAGAAAUGAAAAAAGGGAUCAAGUGAAUAUGUCAGCCAUAGAGAACUCUCAAGAGGAUGGAUCAGGAAAACCUGUUAGUGAGAAUAUUGAUCCUGAAAGGCGUAGGGAAGACGAAGUUUCUUUCAGCAGAUCAUACUUGAAUGAAAACACACCUAAAAUAAGUCAACUUUCUGUGCAUGAUGAGGAAAUGGGACAAUACCAUGAACCUUGUGAGGCUCCUGAUCAUGUGAAAGAUAAUGCUAAUGCCCUAUGGAGAAGAUAUGAACUUAGCACUACAAAGUUGUCUCAGGAACUGGCCGAGCAAUUGCGUCUUGUAUUGGAACCCACAGUGGCCAGCAAGCUCCAAGGGGAUUAUAAAACCGGCAAAAGGAUAAAUAUGAAAAAGGUUAUACAAUACAUAGCCAGUUAUUAUCGUAAGGAUAAAAUAUGGCUUAGGCGGACCAGACCCAACAAACGUGAUUACCAAGUUGUGAUUGCUGUUGAUGAUUCACAUAGCAUGUCAGAGACCUGCUGUGGUGAUGUUGCAGUUGAAGCUUUGGUUACAGUAUGCCGCGCUGUUUCUCAACUCGAAAUGGGGAGCUUGGCCGUUGCAAGCUUCGGAACAAAAGGAAACAUAAAUUUGCUACAUGAUUUUGAUAUGCCAUUCACCGGAGAGGCUGGGGUUAAGAUGAUUUCCAACUUGACAUUCAAGCAAGAGAAUACUAUAGCUGAUGAGCCAGUUGUGGAUCUGUUGAAGUUUUUGACCAACAAGCUAGACGCCGCAGUUGUAAAAGCACGACUUCCAUCUGGACGUAACCCCCUACAGCAACUUGUUUUAAUCAUUGCAGAUGGUCGUUUUCAUGAAAAGGAUAACUUAAAGCGGUGUGUUAGAAAUGCAUUAGCCAGUAACCGAAUGGUUGCUUUCUUGCUUCUUGAUAACUCUCAGGAGUCAAUAAUGGAUCUCAUGGAAGCAUCCUUUGAAGGCGGGAAGAUGAAAUUUUCAAAGUACAUGGACAACUUUCCCUUUCCCUAUUAUAUUGUGUUGAGGAACAUUGAAGCACUGCCCAGGACUCUUGCAAACCUACUGAGACAGUGGUUGGAGCUUAUGCAGCAUUCAAAUUAUUGA